AGGCCCAUAUGGUCGAGAUGACCCGACUGGCGAAGACGAAUUGAACUCGGUUCUUUCUGCCCUAGCAACCCCAUCGAUCUCUAUCUGAUCACUCCGCCAUGAUGAAGCAGCAAGCUAUCUGGAGUCCUUACGACAACAAUGGCGGGAUGCUGCUGCUGUUACUCCACUUUCUGAGUUUGAAGCUAUUGAUUUGGUGAAGACAUGCUUUGCAUCAGCAGCUGUAAGGGAUAUAUUAAUAUUUUAUAUACACUCACUGCAGCCUGCUACUCCGGGAUAGAUGUAUAAAUUACUAAUGGCUAUUGACUCUUUAUGUAGUACUACUCCUUGGCAUACUCACAACUCAAUUUCUCAUGCCUUUGGUUACAAUAAAACAAUAUAAUAAUCCAUACACAAAGUGUGUGUGUAUUUAGAGGGUGUUUGACAGUGUGAUGCUUUUAACAAUUUAGCUUCUGUUUUGAGUGGAGGUGAUUUUACUCUGUUUGGCAUGUCAGUUUCUGCUUUUCACCAACAUUAUUUUGUACAUGGAACACCGUUUCGGUGAAGCAGGUAUGAGGUGCUUUUGCUUUCAGCUUUUGUAGAAAUCACUUUAUCCAUAAGCUAAUCAUUCCCAAACACCCUCUUAGACCUGGGAGAAGUGUCUAGGCUUAGAGAGAUUUUAUUGUACUCCGUAAUAGAAAACGUGUUGAGUAGCGUGCAAGUGAAGGAUUUCAGAUCUGGGAUUGAGAUUCCUAAUUUGACUCCUCAUAUCAUGUAUAAAUUGACAUUCCUUGUUAAAGGAGACGGAUCAGAAGUUAUUUAAUGCAUACUCCAUCUGUCCCAUUUUAAAUUGGUGAGAAAUUUUGUUCUUUGAAGGUUAAAGAAAAGGAGAAAAAAAAAAGUCCGGGCUUUACUUCGUCGGGGAUGAGAAUCCUUUUCACUGGAUAAAGCUGCAGUCUUUGUGGCUGGCCGGGUAAGAUUGAAGAUAAAGAAAAGUGCUCGCUAAAGAUAAAGAAUUAAUUCCCCGGAGGGUUUUUAUAUUUAUUUAAUUUGCUCUGUCGCAUCCCAAUUUCUUGGAGCAAUUGAUGAAUCGGGAUGGGGAGUAACUGCGGGGAGACGGCGACGGCGGCGGAGCCGCCGAACGGAGUAUGGGCGCCGGGGAAACACUACUACAGGAUCUGGCAGACGGUGUUCGAGGUGGACAGGAAGUACAUUCCGAUCAAGGGGAUAGGGAGAGGGGCGUACGGCGUCGUGUGCUCGUCGGUGAACAGGGAAACCGGCGAGAGGGUGGCGAUCAAGAAGAUCUGCGACGUGUUCGGGAACCGAGUGGACGCGCUGAGGACUCUGAGGGAAUUGCGGCUUCUGCGGCACGUCCGGCACGAGAAUGUGAUCGGUUUGAAGGAUGUGAUGAUUCCCCCUCUCCAAGCAGGAGGCUUCUUCAAGGAUGUUUAUCUGGUCUAUGAGUUAAUGGACACUGAUUUGCAUCACAUCAUCAAGUCCUCUCAAUCCCUCUCCAAUGACCAUUCCAAGUAUUUCCUCUUCCAGCUACUUCGUGGAUUGAAAUAUCUUCAUUCAGCAAACAUUCUCCACAGGGACUUGAAGCCCGGAAACCUUUUGGUGAAUGCCAACUGUGAUUUGAAGAUUUGCGAUUUCGGGUUGGCAAGAACUACAACCACUACGCGGGGAGGCAACAAUGAACCUCAGUUCAUGACUGAAUAUGUUGUGACUCGCUGGUACAGAGCGCCGGAGUUGCUUCUGUCGUGUGAUAACUAUGGGACCUCCAUUGAUGUCUGGUCGGUCGGGUGUAUAUUUGCAGAGAUUCUUGGUAGAAAACCGCUCUUUCAAGGCUCAGACUGUCUGAGUCAGCUCAGACUCAUCAUCGCGGUUCUCGGGACACAACCCGAAGUUGACCUUCAAUUCAUCCAUAACCCGAAGGCCAAAAAGUUCAUCCGGUCGCUCCCGUUUUCCAGGGGAAUUUGUUUCUCUUCCAUGUUCCCGGACGCUGAUCCCCUGGCGCUGGAUUUGUUGCGACGGAUGCUUGUUUUCGAUCCGUCGAAGCGAAUUACAGUCUCUGAAGCUCUCCAGCACCCAUACUUGUCCGGUCUUAUUGACCCGACAAGUAACGUGCCACCAGCCCAUCAAUUCCAUCUUGAUAUUGAUGAGAGUAUUGGGGAAGUGGUAAUUAGGGAGCUGAUGUUGAGAGAAAUCCUUUGUUACCACCGUCUUGAAGCUCCAUACUGUGUAAACACCUUCUAUUAAGGGUGAUGUUUUUAUUAAGAGUAUUAUUUUUUGUUUGUUUUAAUUUUGUCUUCCAUUGCUGUGCCAUUGCAUCCAUGGGAGAGUUAAUGGAUAAACCUUUGAUUUAUGGUUCUCAAGUUAUUCUUGUAAUUAAUGUAUUUGCAAUGAGCCCGGUUCCGUGGCCACUAGAAUCCAGUGGUCAUGGAACCGGACGGAUUUGCAAUAUGUACUCAUGAGUGUAAUGGAAAGAACGUUCUCUCUCGACAUUAAUGAAAUUCGGUUUGAACUUUUGAAGGAUCGAAAUAAUAUUCUUUUUUCUCUAAGUUUUUUUAUUAAGAAAAUGCAAAGAAUAUAAGCAUUAGUACUAU